GCUUCCUCCCUGCAGGCUCGGAUAUCCAGGCACUGUAAAACCGACACAGACCUCGCAUCUAACUCUAAUCCUCACCGCGUUAUCGUCCACGUAAGGCAUAAGCAUCGCUUGCAUCCGCAGCCGUCCAACCCCUAUACCACAGUCCUCGGAUACGACCGUCCCAUUCCCUGGGUAGCUUAUCCCUUCCGCCGGAACGCGAUAUUCCGACCUGGUCUUCCAUGACCGGACCCCGACGAUCGCUACCUCCUCGUUGUCUUUGAGCCAAAGUAGGGAGACCAGACGCGAUGGCAGCGACUCUCGUAUUUAUUUCCAUCCUCUUCUCCUCCGCCACUCUCGUGCUCUCCCUUCCCUCCUCCAACGCCUCCCGCCUCGCCUCUUCUCCGUCGCCGCAAACCCCUCUGUUCCUGCAGGGCGUGGUGAAGGCGAUCGCGGCGAGGGAGCGGUGGGAAGGGGAGGUUAGGGUUUCGGAUCUGGACGCCGGAGGCGCUAGGGUCGGGGGAUUCCAGAGGUACGAGUUCCACGUUCGUGUGGGUCGGACGGUUGUGGUGUCGAAGCUUUCUGACGAGGUGCUCUCCUGGAGGAAGGCGCGCCGCGCGGGCGCGGUGGAGUUCGGGCCGGAUUUGACGGCCGGAACCGCCGUGGAGGGAUUGAUGCCUGUCGUCAGGGAUUUGGAGUUGGAAGGCCCGCUCGAUUUGCGCGUUUCUGGUGGUGGGGAUGAUUGGCUCUCGCUUCAUUUGCCUGCUUUGAAUGUCACACAUAGACAUUUGAGGCGGGUACUUGUUGGCAAUGGCAUCAGAGUAAAGCUAGAGGGCGCUCAAGAAGUCUCCCUUAUUCACCCUUAUGACAUUGGUCUGUCACUGAAUGGAAGUUUAGCCACUCGAAGGAAAGAGCAUAAGCAGUUUUGGGCCUUUGGUUAUUCUUCAUGUGCUCCAUUACUUUCAGUGGUUGUUGGAGGAUCAGUUUCGGUAAUUGCAGUUAGGAACUAUAGCUCGCUCGCUCGUGUUGAAGCUGCAUUCAGGUCCCCCAAUACGGUUGAAUUGUUGCCUGAGAAGUGUUACAAUGGACAUUUCAAGCCAGCUUCUUCAUGUUUAUUUUGCUCUAUCAGCAAGAGGUUGGUCCUGUUGGAUAAAGCAGUAGGAAGCUUGCUAGGCGACGGGGUGUUCCAGAGCGGGUCUACACGUUUCCUGAAAGCAAAAAUCAUGUCAUCAACUUUGGUCAAAUUUCGAUUGGAGCUCGAAAGAGACAUAACCAAGAAUGACAGGGUCUGGAAAAAGACUGCAGAGUGGAAAACAAAACCUACAGUCGAACGGCAUUGGUUUGAGAUAGUGGCUAGAGUUGAUGGGGAGAGGGGACUGAAGCCUGUGAUAACCAAGAAGCUGAAGAGACCUUUUAUCGUAGCUGAUUCUACUGCCUGGAGCAAUGUGAUGUCGAAUCUUUCAUUCACUCAGUUUCCAUCUGUUGUUGUACCCCCUGAGGCUUUAACAUUGGAUGUCAAGUGGUAGGAAGUAUAUAUUGUUCUUCUUAUUCUGGAAGUGUGUGGAUUUGUUAUAUGUGAAUCCACGCAAAAGAUGCCUUCUGUUGUGUGUACCCAGAGUUAUAAGGGCUUCACAAGGUCAUUUGUAGAGGAGGGGAAAGAGAGGUGGUGUAAAUAUGUAUCAGUGACGAACAUUUCUUUUUUGGAUAACAGAAAAUAUAUUUUUUUUCAGAAUAACAUGAAGGGUUUUUUUGCGA